AUGUUUAUGACGUUUAGUGAUGCAUAUUACAUUAACACUGAUAAUGUGAUCUCGUUAGUCUUUUUAAAGGUAGUCAUAGGCUCCUGGUAUUGCACAUUCAUGGGAAUAAUGAAUUUAUUUGGACUAGAGACUAAGACCUGCUGAAAUGUAACCAGAGUAGAACCUCUUAAUGAAGUUCAAAGCUGUGAAGGAUUGGGAGAUCCUGCUUGCUUUUAUGUUGGUGUAAUCUUUAUUUUAAAUGGACUAAUGAUGGGAUUGUUCUUCACGUAUGGAGCAUACCUGAGUGGGACUCAACUAGGAGGUCUUAUUACAGUACUGUGCUUCUUUUUCAACCAUGGAGAGGCCACCUGUGUGGUCUGGACACCACCUCUCUGUGAAAGUUUUUCCUAUCCAUUCCUUGUACUUCAGAUGUAUAUUUUAACUUUGAUUCUCAGGACCUCGAGCAAUGAUAGAAGACCCUUCGUUGCACUCUGUCUUUCCAAUGUGGCUUUUAUGCUUCCCUGGCAAUUUUUUCAGUUUAUUCUUUUUACACAGAUAGCAUCAUUAUUUCCCAUGUAUGUUGUGGGAUGCAUUAAACCAAGCAAAUUUCGGAAGAUCAUUUAUCUGAACAUGAUUUCAGUUAUCAUUAGUUUCAUUUUGAUGUUUGGAAAUUUAAUGUACUUAUCUUCUUCUUAUUCUUCAUCUUUGUUAAUGACGUGGUGUCUGCAAAAUAUAGCCUUUUUUUUUCCAGGUGCUGUCUUAGCAGGUGCCAUGCCUACAAUGGCAAGUGUCAAGUUGUCUACACUUCAUCCCAUUGUGAAUCAUCCACAUUACGAAGAUGCAGACUUGAGGGCCCGGACAAAAAUAGUUUAUUCUACAUAUAGUCGAAAAUCUGCCAAAGAAGUAAGAGAUAAAUUCUUGGAGUUACAUGUGAAUUAUUAUGUUUUAGAAGAGGCAUGGUGUGUUGUGAGAACUAAGCCUGGUUGCAGUAUGCUUGAAAUCUGGGAUGUGGAAGACCCUUGCAAUGCAGCGAACCCUCCCUUAUGUAGCGUCCUGCUUGAAGAUGCAAGGCCUUACUUCACCACAGUAUUUCAGAAUAGUGUGUACAGAGUAUUGAAGGUUAAUUGAGAAGGAAACUACCCAUCACACUAUGGUACAAUGCCGUGUGUCAAAAACAAUCACCCUUUGGCUUGUUUACAUUAAUAAAAAUCACAAGCUUUAAUAACAGACACUUAAAAAUAAAAUAAAAAUGGAUUGAAAGUU